AUGCCUAGUCCCCUACAAGUCGAUGUCUACGUUGCGCCAGCGAUUCAGGCGGUAACCGGCCUCGAAGAACCGUCGAAACAACUGUGGUCACCAAUUUGCUGCACGCUUAUUCAGGGACCGACAUCAGCAGUCCUUGUCGACACUCCUACGACAGUUGAGCUUGCACGAGGCCUGUCUGACUGGGUGAAGAAGACCGCUCCGGGGAAGAAACUCAAAUAUAUUUACACCACUCACGCCCACGGGGACCAUUUCUUCGGCAAUCCUAUUCUUCUAGAAGACUUCCCCGAGGCUAAAUGCGUGGCGACGACUUUUGUUGUCCAAGGAAUAAGGGGGACUCUGACCAAAGAAGGAAUCGACUUUUGGAAAGCCAUGUUUCCUAAUGGCCAGAUACCGGCUGGACAGUUUGUCUCUGAAUGCCUUCCGACGAGCGGUGAAUUUUCCAUUGAUGGCCACAGCUUCUUUGGCAAGGACGUGACCUUCUCGGACACGAACUAUUCUUUCUUUCUAUAUGUGCCCGAUUCGGAUCUUGUGGUCGCCGGGGAUAUUGUAUACGGCGACUGCUUUCAGCAUUGUGCCGAGGCCAAUUCAGCCGAAAAGCGGAGGCAUUGGUUGGAUGCCCUGGAUCAGAUUGCACAGCUGAAGCCGAGCAUAGUUAUCCCAGGACAUAAAAGGGCAUCACAGGUGGACGGUCCUUAUCUGAUCCAGAUGACGAAAGACUACAUUAUGGCGUUUGAGGAGGACCUGCAGAAAUGGGACGAUCCGGUGAAGGUUGAGGAGUCGAUGAAGAAGCGCUACCCCGUUAGAUGGAACAACUUCAUCUUGGACCGAAGCUGUGUGGCCUCUGUCGCUGUGAGAUUGGAAGCCAAGAAGAAAGCAUCGAUUUGA